CUUUUGGAAGAAACUGGAAGGUCGCUAUGGCAUUAUCAACCCCCACAUUAAACACAUUCUUAAAAUAUGCAACCUGUGUGGUGCAUCCCUGGGGCGCCUCACCAGAGAGAGCAUCGCAAAAAUAGAAGAGGACAUGCGUGGGAUGGCUAAAUUUUUGGCUCUAGAGGCCGAGCAUGGAGGGCUGCCUCUUUCCCAAAUUUACGGACGGUAUGAAUCUUGCCCCCAUGAGUUUCAAUUUAUUGAGGGAGAAAUCCUGUGUCUACUGGAGUUGGCGGAAAUAAUCCGUGAGGCAGGAAUCAAGCCGUUCCUUCGGCAGCUAAAUCCACGUCAUGCUCCCAUUUCUGAGGCUAUACACGAAACGGACCAGGAAGAACAAAGAGCAAAAAUAUUGCAGAAGUUGUCUGCCCACUUUGCACAGGUAAAAUAUAAUCAUUUAUGGACUGUUGUGCUAAACUUCGACGUUAUAACAGACGGGCGGCGGGCAGAUGUGCAAUGCCCGGUGUGUGCGGCAUCGGGGCUGAAAAAAAAACUUUCUCUGUCCGAAGACGAAACCGGAAAUUGGAAUAUCUUCAGUAUAAUGCGCCACAUAAAUAAGAAACAUAACAUAAAAGGGACGACAGCAGGGGAGGCAACAGCACCCUGUAGGCGAGCUGUAACGCUGGAGAAAUUGCCAAAGGAGGAAUAUGUCGAUUACGAGUAUCUGGACCCAGACACAUGCUUCGCAGGACAAGUUUCCAAAAUAGAAGAUCAAUUCAGGGAUGAUUUCUCUUAUAAAAUCAUGGAUGAGCCGGCGGCAGAGCCACCGAAAGAUCCGCUCGGUAGCCCAACCUGUCCCACUGGAAACAUGGAUUGCCAUGGAGGUAUAAACGACUAGCAUCAAGUUUAUCCCUUUUCCCAACACCAUUAACCCUUUGAAGCCAAGCGUUAUUAUAGAGUCUUUACUACGUAUUUCUGUGAUUUUGGUACUCAAUAGCAUAGAAAGGGUAGAAUAUAGUACAGAUUUUUUUUUUGAUAUCCUAAGUCAGCUUUGAUCCUAAAGUCUUCGCAUGUAACGGUAACUUCUUGCAUUAUGCAAAGCUACGAUUUGUAAUCUAUCAUUUCCAGUAAGUCUUCUGGAAGUUCAAAAAACAGUAUCAGAAUAGUUUGGAUAUCCUAAGUCAGUCUACGAGUCCUGCAGUCUACGAGAGCAACGGUAACUUCUUUCAUUAUACAAAGCUACGAUUUGCAUUCCAUCAUGUCCAGUAAGUCUUCUGAAAAUUCAAUAGACAGGAUCAGAUCAGUCGGAAUAUUCUAGGUCAUCCAAACUGUUCUUGACUUAGAUCCUAAAGUCUACAAGUGCAACGGCAACUUUUUUAAUAAUACACACGCUAAGAAAAAGUUACUCUAAAAUGAGUAAGAUUCACACAAAACUGAGCUAAACUGGAACAGCUCAAAAAAUGAGUAAAUUGCAUUUCCAGCGAUAGCGCUGGCCCAAGUGCAAAAAUCCAACUGUUUUAAGUC